AGUUUUACGCAUUUCCAACCACAUCCAACCGCUUACAAACAGGUCUAUCCUCCGAACUCAAAUCCCACCAUCUCACUCUCUCUUCUUACGAGAGGCUUUCGGAAUUGCUUUUGUUGGUACAACGCAGCAUGCUUGUUCCGUAUUAACCGAGUAUAUUAAUAAGCUUAUCAGCUAGUUUUCUGACCAACCGACGUCACAGUUGGAAGAUUUCAAGAUGGAGCCUUCACAAAGAACUCACAUUUUUCCUGCACUCGGAGCAAAUGUUCGGUUGCCUGAAAAGUGCGCUACAGUAAAGACGAUGAAUAUUUUCUUUGUUGUGUUUGCGUUCUUGGCUUGGACUGAAGCCGCACCAAGUCCUCCAAAAUGUGGCAAAAUUCGCGGUCGCAAUUGUAGUGAAGACAUCGAUUGCGCAUGUCUUAACCGUCACAACAAAAGUUCCUUGAUAUGUAAUACCCGAUUUCGAUGCGAGAAGGAAGAAUUUAGGGACAUAAUCCAGAGGAUGCAGCCAUGCCACCGUAUCUACAAGAAUUUUUGUGAAGUUGACACCGAUUGUCCAUGCGACGAAGCACGACUUAUCUGUGAGGAUCACGAAUGCGUGAAAGAGAAAAGAAGACCAAGGCCACAGAUAAACUUAGAUCGUCUCCUCUCUAUAUUGUUGCCAACAACAAGUAACGGCACGCAAAGCUCUCCGCGUCGUCAGAGAAGACGUUUACUGAGACACGGACUCUUCAAGACGAUUUAGCAGCUUUGUUAUUCCAUGCGAUGUUCGGCACAACCCUUGGUAUGGCGUAGGGUGAUCAUCCCCUCCCUGCUUUAGAGCGCAUUUCGAUUGAAAUGUGUCGUCAGACCGAAAACAGAGGAACCACUAAGGCCAGUCUUAGAAAAAAGGAAAAUACUGCGCCACAAGGAGCCCAUGUGAACUCAUGUGCCAGGAGUGUUGGAUAUCACGUGUCAUCACAUGACUAAUGGUGUUACGUAGCGUCUGAUUGGUGGAGAAAGUGAUACGAUAUUUCUUGACCAAUCACAGAAGGAAGCAAAGUUAACUCAAGAAAUCCCUGAUUUCGUUCGACACUCGAUUUAUAAUCGCGCUUCUGUAUAGCUAUUUAUUUGUAAAGUUAAGUUGGUUUUUUUCGUAUAUAUAUGGAAGAAAAUUAUUACGUUGCUCUUUAACCCUUUAACUCCCAAGAUUGUUAAUUCUCCCCUCUUGGCUGCUACACAGUUCCUUGUAAUUAAUUUACAGGAAUUUGGUGUCAGAUAAAGA